AUUAUUUAAUUAUUAUUUGUAUUCAUAAAAUAAACACGCGCGACUAACAAGUCUACAACUAACCACUACGAAACUGCCAACCUGUUUAUAAUAACUGCUAUUAAUUCAAUUUUAAUUUUUAUAAAAUUACGAAAUUUCCACGUCAGCAUUUCCGGCAAACCAACCCACCCUUAUUUAAUAUUUUUAUAUUCUCUCUCCUCCUUCUUCCUCCAUAUAUUCCGAUAAUCUCCUUUCUCUCUCUUCCACUCACAAAAAAAAGUAAAAAAAAAAUAAAAAAAAGGGCGAAAAUGGAGGUUGACACUCUGAGUACAAGAAAUGCGACGCAAUUUACCUUCACAAACCGUCGAAAAUGCAACCUAGAGACCGAGUUACCACCGAGUCAAAGCUGGGUUGACUCGUUGGAUGAACCAUCUCCGGUGAGUUCUAGCGUUGGUGCUGCGUUGAAGGUUCAGAAGGUUUACCGGAGUUAUCGUACUCGUCGUAGAUUAGCUGAUACCGCCGUUGUCGCCGAAGAACUCUGGUGGCAAGCGAUUGACUACGCUAGGUUAAACCAUAGUACAAUCUCCUUCUUUAACUUUCCUGAAUCGGCGGCGUCUCGUUGGAAUAGAGUUAGUUUGAUUGCUUCCAAGGUGGGUAAAGGUUUGUCUCAGGACUCUAAAGCGCAGAAGUUGGCUUUUCAGCAUUGGAUUGAAGCUAUUGAUCCAAGGCAUCGUUAUGGACAUACUUUGCAUCUUUAUUAUAAUGAAUGGUGUAAAGCAAAUUCUGGUCAACCAUUUUUCUAUUGGCUGGAUGUCGGAGAUGGAAAGGAUUUAGAUCUCAAAACAUGUCCCAGAUCGGAUUUACGUGAGCAAUGCAUCCAGUAUCUUGGACCUCAAGAGAGAGAACAUUACGAGUACAUUUUUUCUGAGGGGAAAAUCAUCCACAAAGUCACUAGGGAGUUGCUCGAAACAAGGAAGAAAACAUCAGAGAUUACUAAAUGGAUAUUUGUUAUGAGCACCUGCAAGAAAUUGUAUGCUGGUGAGAAAAAGAAAGGAAAAUUUCAUCAUUCUAGCUUCUUAGCUGGAGGAGCUACUGUAGCCGCUGGACGAUUUGUUGUGGAACAUGGUACUCUCAAGUCCAUCUCAGCAUACAGUGGACAUUACCGUCCAUCUGAUGACCGCCUUGACGCCUUUCUUUCAGUUUUAAAGGAUAAUGGCAUAGACCUCAGUGAAGUUGAGAUUAAGCGACCAGAUGAGGACUACUCUAGUUAUGGGAACAAUCAAUCCAGUAGUGUGACCAAAAUUGAAACAUCAGCUUUUGAAGUACUUGACAGUGAUAUUUCUUCUAUAAGCAAUGAAGAAAGUGUGAAACAAGAACCUUCUAUGCCGGAGCAGGCUGAAUCCCGAAAUGAAUACAGGAGAACUUUGUCUGGCGGUCUUCAAAGUCCAAGAACAGAGGUUCCCAAAGAAGCAAUACUCGAAAGGAUCAAUUCCAAAAAGAUGAAUACAUAUGAACUGGGACAUCAACUAUCGAGGACCUGGUCAACUGGGGCUGGCCCUAGGAUUGGAUGUAUUGCUGAUUAUCCCUUAGAACUCAGAUUCCAAGCACUGGAAUUUACUGAACUUUCUCCCAGAGGGCUGCCUCCUCCUUCACCACACAGGCAUGGAGCUGGCUUUGCUCCUUCUAUGCCGUGAUCAUCAUUCUAGAAAUACUUCUCUGAUCGUUGGAAUCGUGAGAAGUUUUGUACUUAAUCCAUGCACAACCACCCAAAACAACAGGAACAAGAAAAAAGUCUUCCAGAAGGAAAACUUAUUUUCACUAAGAAAGAUAAAAGCUUGGAAAUUUCGUCCUGCUUAGCAGUCCAGGGGGUUCUGAACGUCAUGUUCAUGUUGUGGAUUUAUUUUAUCUAACAAUUGCUUUACAUGUUUUCGGCAAGAUAAAUGAUCUUGUUAAUCCCUUUAAGUUGUACUUCCGCUUGCUCUCAUGAAAUUAGAGUUUGUAUGGGAUUGUUAAAUUUUGGAACACUAAUAUCAUUUCCCCUUAAGCCUUAUUGUGCUUUCUGGUGUAUAUGUAUUUUAGUGUUAUGUAAGCCAUCUAUCAUAUAGUUGGAUUUUGUUACUGAUUUCUGUAGUACUAUGUGAUCUAUUUUGUACCACGAGAUAUGAUCAUAUAAAUUGUGUUGCUGCU